CUCAUAUUUCUGAACACCCAAACCAACAGCCCAGUCAUAAAAUUCAAAUUACCAUGGGUUCUACUGAAGCACGUGUUGACUAUAUGGGGUCCAGUAUCCUAAUGGGAAUCUUCAGUAAUGCUGAUCUUAAACUACAAGAUGAAUGGAAGAUUAACCUGUAUAAUGCUUUGGACUCAAGCAUCUCUGAUAAAAGCGAGAUAUUUGUCCAUGGGGACUUGAAAUGGGAUAUCUUCCAAGUGAUGAUUUCAAGAUCAACUACACCAGACCUCAUAAAAAUAGGAAUGAAACUCCAGGAGUUCUUUACUCAGCAGUUUGACACAAGCAAGCGAGCUUUGUCCACCUGGGGACCUGUUCCUUAUCUCCCUCCCAAGACAAUGGCCAACAACUUAGAGAGAAGCUCACAUGAGCAAUUGUUGGAUGCAGCCCAUCAUCGCCAUUGGCCAGGAGUUUUGAAAAUGGUAUCUGGGUGCCAUAUAUCCUUAUUUCAGAUGCCACUGCCAGAAGAUGGAAUGCAAUUUGGAGGAUCCAUGAGCCUGCAUGGAAACCAUAUGACGCUGGCUUGUUUUCAUGGACCUAAUUUCCGCUCAAAAUCAUGGGCCUUAUUUCACCUUGAAGAACCCAAUAUUGCAUUUUGGACAGAAGCUCAGAAAGUUUGGGAAGAUGGUACUAGCGAACACUCCACGUACAUCGUGCAAACCCUGGACUUCCACUUGGGCCAUAACACCAUGGUCACCAAACCGUGUGGAGCCCUCGAAAGCCCUAUGGCGACAAUCACAAAGAUUACGAGGCGCCGCCAUGAAAACCCCCCACACGGAGUUGCCAGCGUGAAAGAGUGGUUCAAUUACGUUACAGCAACAAGGAAUGAAGAGUUAAACCUGCUUCGAAAUGUUGAUGCUAACAACCCAGAGAGCAGCACAACAGUGAAAAGCUCAAGCUUGCUAAGUGGCUUCAGAGGUGGCUCCAGUUACAACCAUGAAACUGAAACUAUCUUUGCAUUGCCAAGGAUGCAGCUGGAUUUUAAAUCCAUUCAUGUUCAAGAGCCCCAAGAGCCUUCAUUACAAGAUAAAAGUGCUAAACCAAAGGUGGAAUGCAGUGUAGUAACUGAAUUUACAGACCACAUUUGUGUAACUAUGGAUGCCGAAUUGAUUAUGUUUCUACAUGACUUGGUAUCUGCUUAUCUAAAAGAAAAAGAAAAAGCAAUUUUUCCUCCUCGUAUUUUGGCUGCUCGUCCAGGGCAGAAAAACUCCGUUGGUGUUCUUGAGGACAGCUCCACUGACAAAGAGGCUGAGGAAAGCAUUACUUACACUACAGUCGACUGGAGAGAUUUUAUGUGCAAUACUUGGCAUUUGGAACCCACACUCAGACUGAUAUCCUGGACUGGGAGAAAAAUUGAUCCCGUUGGUGUUGACUACAUCCUCCAAAAACUGGGCUUUCACCAUGCAAGGACUACUAUUCCCAAGUGGCUGCAGCGCGGUGUCAUGGAUCCUUUGGACAAAGUUUUGUCGGUCCUUAUAAAGAAACUUGGUACUGCACUACAGGAUGAAAAGGAAAAGAAGGGCAAAGACAAAGAAGAAUACUAAAAGGAUAAUGUGACAACCAUAAUUCCGUUUGAUUUUAUCAAAGUGUUUUAUUAUAUUUUAAGAAUUUAAAUAUGGUUUAAAGAGAAACCUAACAGCUUUUUGCUACUCUAUUUAAAACUUACAUUGUGAGUAACUGUUUACCGUGGUACGUGAUACCAUUCUGUAUUUGAAGUUAUUGCAUGGUGACGACCAAUGUAUAUUCUGUGAAGGAAUAGCUGGAACACUGUAAAUCUGCUCCUCAGAGUCCACUGUUUUAUUAUGUGCAAUAUGAUUCCUGCAUCUUUAAAAUACUUGCAGAUUAACUGUGAAUUUUCGUAAACUUUAUUGGCUGUAACACAAACCCCUCGUUGAUGUGACUGGUAAUGUCAGUGUAGACUUGUGUAAAUUAUAUAUAUAUAACUUACAAAGCUGUGAUUGCCUUAGUGCUAAAAAAAAUCAUUAAGUUUAUUACACUUGUAAUAAAAUUUAAUUAUUGUACAGG